UGUGGAUAGCGGAGAGGAAAGCAGAGCGGCAGCGGUGUCGAAAGUAUAGUGCAAGAAAGAAUCUAGUGUAAGAAUAGCCGCCAAACAGUAACAAUAAUACAAUCGAGAAUGGCGAGUACACCCAGAUGCUGCAAUUGAGCGACUUGCAUGACUGUGCCACACACUGUGGCAGCGGGAGUGGCUGUCCUUUUAAGCUUUGAGGGUUUUUGGGGGCCGCCCCACACGGCUCCGGCUCUGGAAGACACGGCAUCUGGAGUACGUACCCUUCACUGCCGAGAUCCGCUAGCUGACAUUGUGCUGGUUUUAGAGCGUUUGGGGGCUGCAUAUACAUACACGAGUAAGUGCGGGAUUGCGUCAGACGCAGAUCAAACAUGCGCCUCGGAUACAUCUACAACUAAGCACGCUGGGAAAAUGCCAUCGCCAACGCGAAUGUCAUACUCCUCAAUAACUGCGACCAGCUUUAUGUGUCCCGGCGCUCUCCGUUGUGUGAUCAACAACAAGGUCAGAUAAAUAUAGCGGCGAAGCCUAAACAUCCAGCGGCCUGCCAAGCAG